AUGUUAUCAAUCAUAACCCUUUCAGAGACUUUUGAAGAAGAGUGUUGGAUAUCUGUUGUGUGUUGUUUACUGCUUGCCUGUAUGUAUGUUGGGAGUUUGUAUGUAUGGAGGGGAAACCUACCCAGGGAUCACCCAAACACAAUAAAAAGGCGUUUCACCAGUGUUUUGUGCGUGUCAGCUGCUUCACCACUGGUUGUGUUGGCAUGGACAAAUUCAAUGAAAGUCAGGCCAAGUCCACCAUUGUGGGCACUGCUGGGCAUUCGUCUAGACGGUUUUUUUCCUGCUGCUCUGUUGCCGCUGACACUCACUGUGGUACUAUUUCUUGGACCUCUGACCCAGCUGGCAAUUGAGAGUCCAAGAGGACUUUUUCAUGAUGUCAAAGCAGGCCUGAAUUCUCGAUCUUGGAGUAAGUGUGUGAAAGAUUUGCGAUGGUUGAGGAACCAGGUGGUGGCUCCAUUAACAGAGGAGUUUGUUUUUCGGGCUUGCAUGAUUCCAAUGUUGGUGCCAUGCACUGGUCCCACUGCUGCCAUCUUCAUCAGUCCACUCUUCUUUGGCGUGGCCCAUUUCCAUCAUAACAUUGAACAGCUUCGCUUUGGACAAGACACUGUGUUUGAGAUCCUAAUUUGUGCAGCUUUCCAGUUCACUUAUACUUACGUUUUUGGAGUCUACUCUGCCUUCAUAUUCAUAAGGACAGGUCUGGUGGGACUCGUGUUGUGCCACUCGUUUUGCAACCAGAUGGGUUUUCCUGCCAUUGGCUCAGUUUUACAGCACCCACAGAGGCCUGUGAUCCUGCUCUCCUACCAGCUGGGUGUUCUGCUCUUCCUCAUCCUCCUCUUCCCCUUCACAGAUCCUGCUUUUUAUGGCAUGACCCCCAUCUGCAGUCUACUGCUUACACCUCGCUCUGCCUGUGCAUGACACAUCUUCACGGUGCCUGGAUUGAAAUGUACCUCACAGUCUUUAAAAAAUAUGACUGGGGAAAGAGCAUGAAAGACAGUAAAUGAAGCAUGUUGCUUUCAUGAAAAAGACAUUCAUCAGCCUAGAUGAUGAGUAAAUGACUGUCAUGUUUCAUUUCCUUGCCUUUUUGUGGUAAGAGUGGCGUGUGGCUCAGUGGCUCAUUCGAAUGUUUUAUUCUUUCAUUAUGCCCCAUAUUUCUUUUUCUUUCAGUUAAAAUUAUCAGCUGUCGUGUUGUUAAAUUAAAACCAGGUGCUGAUGUGUAUAAAAGAUGAGAUGCUAGUCGACAUUCAAUAAUACUAAUCUCAGAUGAGCAGCAUUCUCUGCCUUGUAUUCAUAAGAAUUCAGAAAAAAAGCAUUAUUAUAUAUUUAAAAAAAUAUUAA